AAAUGUGGAAAAAUGAAAUUUUCCAAAUUUCUCGAUAUUUUGGUGUUUCUUGCGGUAAUGUGACGCUCGAUGAACAGUUCAGGAUUCCAUGUCUCACUGUUAAAGAUGGCAAUAAAGUUAAAGGAAUUGCAACAAUAGCUAAAUAUAUUGCAAAGAAUUGUAAACAACAAAAUGGUAUUUUAGGCGCCUCUCUAGAAGAUCAAGCGAAUGUAGACCAAUGGCUAGAAUUCAGAUCAUCUAGACUUGACAGAUAUGGAACUGAAAAAGAUCUUUCCUCAGUGUUAAAGGAGCUGAAUAGUUAUCUGAGUAGUAGGACAUUCCUUGUGGGCUCCAGUGUUACACUUGCAGACCUCCUUAUGUUCUAUGGACUUCAUUCAGUAUAUAGCGAUCUCAGUUAUUUUGAUAAACAGCGGUAUAUGCAUCUCUCCCGGUGGUUCAGAAUGAUGCAGCUCACUUCAGGAGUAAAACAAAAGUUAGAGACAAUUCCCUUCCAAAGAAACCUUAUAUACCCCUGUCAUGGUGUAGCUCAUUGAUGCUACCCUUACUAUAGAACUACACAAAUACAACUACUGGUGUACAGGGUCACACCUUCAUUUACUCUUUUGUGUGUGGAUUUGUUGUUUUACUGGCUACUUGAAUUUGCCUUUAGCAUGUUAUUAUAUCUAAAAUUGAAUGAGCCAAUGGAGCCCUACAAUGAGUUAUCCAGUUUAAACUUUACAUAGAAGAAAUAUGAACAAUAUGCAAUAAAUUCAAAAUUUUAUACAGCAGCUGUACAGUAUUUAUAUGAACUUCAUCUCACCAUGGAGCCUUUAUUAUCAACUAUGACUAGGUUUCUUGUAUUAAGUGUCCCCCCCUCCCUCUCUAGGUAAGGUAAAUACAGGGAUUUGAUUCAAGGCAUUCAAAUCAUAAUUGGAAUAAAAAUUGUCAACUUUAACAUCUAAAGUAUAGUAUUGUAAAACCAAGUUGGAUUAGUUGAGAUGUUAUAUAAUCAUUCAUUGCAACCUAAGAAAAUAAUGUUACCAUUGCAAAUAACAACUUCACUAGCAAAGCAUAUAUCUUUGUGCAGAUGUUAAAUGUAUAAUGCAACUAUUAAACUAAACUGAGAGAUUUUAAGAGAAAAUUCCAUAUUCAAAUGUAAUAACAAGUCAGUUUGGGAGUAAUAAUUUGUAAUAUCAGGUAAAUGAAGCAGUAUUUUAUUUAUACUGUCUAAUGAUGUCAUGUGUAAGAAGAAUAAAUGCAAUAAAUAAAAUUACAAAA